GAUCCGUCUCAUCAAUCGACUGGCAAUCCGGCGCCCGGCGUUGCCCCAGAAAUCUCUCAUUUCCCGAUCCACCGCCCCUGCUCCGGCGAAGAAACUCAGCCGACUGAUUCUCUAAUUUUACUCCAGUUUCUCUUAUUCACCUGACUCGCGGAUUUGCCGUCCAGCCUCGCCGGAAAUUUAAGCAUGAAUGGCCUCCCAACUAGCCUCUCUUCCAGAAUCUCCGCCGCAUGUUUGAUGCAGUUCCCAGCACGCCGCCGCUUCAGCUGUGGUUGUCCAUCUUCCGUCGGACUCUCGCACAACCAAGUUCAGUCUAGAAGAACAGUCUGCAUGGCGGAACCUUAUUUGAUUUUGAAACUGGAAUCUGCUGAGAAGACAUGGAAAGAACUAUCGGUUAAGUUGGCUGAUCCUGAGGUUGUCUCAAAUCCAAAUGAAUAUCAGAAGUUGGCUCAGUCAGUAUCAGAGCUUGACGAGGUUGUCUCGACAUACACAAGUUUCAAGGAUUGUGAAAAACAAAUAGAAGAAACAAAAGCUAUGGCAAAGGAAGAAGAUGGCAAUGAAGACAUGGCUAAUAUGAUAUCAUCAGAACUUGAGGCUUUAACUAAACAAUUAAAUGAGCUUGAGGAGAAGCUUAAGGUACUUCUCAUUCCUACAGAUCCUCUUGAUUCAAGAAAUAUAAUGCUUGAAGUGAGGGCAGGUACAGGUGGUGAUGAAGCUGGAAUCUGGGCAGGUGAUCUUGUACGUAUGUAUCAAAGGUACAGUGAACGUAACUCGUGGCAGCACUCCCUAAUCUCGUACUCUGAGGCUGAAAUGGGGGGCUUUAAGACAUGUGUCUUGGAGAUAAAAGGAAAGCGUGUUUAUAGCAAAUUGAAGUAUGAAUCUGGUGUCCAUCGAGUUCAGCGUGUUCCCCAAACUGAAGCUCAAGGCCGUGUCCACACUUCCACUGCUACUGUUGCCAUCAUGCCAGAGGCUGACGAAGUUGAGGUACAAAUUGAUCCAAAGGACAUUGAGCUUACUACAGCACGCUCGGGUGGAGCUGGAGGACAGAAUGUGAACAAGGUGGAGACAGCUAUUGAUCUUUUCCACAAACCAACGGGAAUCAGAAUCUUCUGUACUGAAGAAAGGAGUCAGCUUAAAAAUAAGAACCGAGCAAUGCAAUUGUUGAGAGCAAAACUGUAUGAAAUUAAAUUACGGGAGCAGCGAGAGGUGAUUAGGAAUCAAAGAAAACUGCAGGUUGGCAGUGGCUCUCGUGCCGAAAAAAUUCGGACAUACAACUUCAAGGACAACAGGGUCACCGAUCACCGGUUAAAAAUAAAUUUUGAACUCACCAGUUUUCUGGAAGGUGACAUAGAAUCAGCUGUUCAGUCUUGUGCUUCUAUGGAGCAGAAGGAAUUACUGCAAGAACUUGCCGAGUCUGUCAAAGCAACAGCAGCUUGAAGCGGAUCAUAGAGUGUGCUCUUCUGGAAACCUCUUAGGUGAGAGACUAAUAGACUAUGUCUUAUUGUUUUCUGGGAAUAUAUGACUGAAUCAAACCCGACAACUUAGUGCCUAUUACUACCUAGUUUUGGUUUACCGGUUUGUGCGAUUUUAAACGUGGUAUGAUUCUCUAUAACAAAAUGAAAAGUAUUCAUCGCCUUGAAUUUGAAAGCUGGCUACAAAAGACUGAAGAGUAGAGAACACUUGGGGGGUGUUUGGUUCAAAUAAUCUCAUAAUUUUUCCUUGUCCACUUUAGUAACUGUAUAACUUUAAGAAUUUAGUCAAAGUACACUUUAUUAGUACCUACAUUUGUGAAAAAGUUGAGAAACGUAUUGCGUUUUAUCAUUUAUGUGACAAAAAACAAGUUGAAAAAUG